CUCUCUCCAUGACUCCGCGUCUCUCUCCGUGACUCUCGCCGUGACUUUCCCCGUGACUCUCUGUGUCGCUGUACGCACAAGUUCAGUCUGUGCCUCUGUUUGUCUCUACCCCGUGUCUUUGUCUAACGCUCCGAGUCUGUCUCCACCCCCCCUCUCCCUCGGGGAACUCGGAGAUUCCACAAAAAAGCGGCGACUGUCAGCAGCGAGCUCCCUACAACGCAGACUUAACCACGCAUUACGCCUGAGCCUCUAGCGCAUGCAGCGGGAAUCCGGCUGCGGUUGCUGCUGUCACAUCUCGGGGGGUGCAGCUGAUUGCUGCACCAAACCAAAUUUAGAGUUGAGAAGCAGCAGCAGCAGUCAGGAUGAUUGGCGAUGAUCCGUCACUCGCUUUACUCACUCGCUCGCUCACCAUCGAUGGUCAAGACACCUCCUUGUCGCUCUUCUGUCGCUACUAUGGCUACCACGGGCUACUGUUCCCUGUAAACGUCACUCGAUGAUUCCUCCCACCCGCGUGUGUGUGGGGGGGGGGGGGGACUCGGUCUAUGGGACAAUGACGGUCGCUCUGUCAACCGCGCCGGGGCGUCUUUUCUCUGUGGGAGCCCCCGCUAUCCGGAACCCACGGCCACCUAAGUCUCGUUGCACGUUGGAAGUCGCGUCCACUCCACGGGCGACCCCGAGGAGUCGCUGAAGGCCCCCACACCACCCUCUCGCGCGGUCCUCGAGCGAGCCUGGCUUGGCGCCUCUGGGAAUGAUCGUGCGCGUUAAUAAGUGUGUGUGCCUUCUGACCCUGGCGUGACUUCGGACCUGACCCGCGUCUCCCCUCCGGCGCCAAUGGCGUGGCACCCCACGCACGUGAACGUACUGGUGCGCCAGGCGCGCAGCUUGGGCCGGGAGGCCAAUGCCUACGUGACCUUCAGCCUGGGCACGCAGCUCUACCGUACCUCGGUGCAGGGGCCGAGCUGCGACCCCAAGUGGCUGGAGGAGUGCACACUCGAUAUUGAGCGCUGGUCCGGCGGAGACGGCAAUGGCGAGGCUGCAGUUCACGAUGCUGCAGACGAGCGAGAGGGAGGCCGAGCGAAGAAGGCGAAGGCGAGGCACUCGCCGCUGCUGGUGCUCGCUGUGAUGCACAGGGUCACGCUGGGGGCGGACAAGUGCCUGGGCAAAGUGGUGCUAGCCCUGGAGGAGAUCUACCGGGACAAGGCGAGGGCGCGUGCCGCGUGGCACGCGCUGGUGGGGGGGCGCGGCGACACGGCGGGUGGGCGCGGCGAGCUCGAGGUGACCAUUAGCUUCCUGCGGAGCACCAGAACAGGUGAAGGGGCAUCGGGAGCAGGGGAGGACAUGAAGAACGGCCCCAAGGAAAGUGUGGCGUCUCCUCGCCGCAUGUCGCUGGCUCGCUCCAUGUCGGACCUGGUGAGCCGGCGUCUCGCUGGAGCCCCCCUGGAUGAACCUGCAGAUGCAGACACGCACACCCACAGGAGGUCGUCGAGUGCAUCCAACCACUUCACUCCAGCGGACCCCAAGUCCAAGCUGGCUCGCUCCAACUCGGCCGUCGAAGGCCACGGCACUGACGCUCCGACGGCGGACAACGGCGGCGGCGUGGAGUUCGAAACGAGACCGCCGGGCCAUGCAUCGCUUGGAAAACCAAGCAUUAGGCCUCAACUCUGGCCAAGGCCGCCUGAGGCGCAGGGUCGCUUGCUCUUCAGGAACCGCGCGCAGCCGCGGGAGGGCCCCACAGGAGCGCAGCAGCAGAGGGAGCUCGCCACAGCCUCCAUGCAUGCGAGCUUGGACAAUGAGAAACUUCGGAAUCUCAGCCGGGCCGAUCUCGUUGCGCUGAUUAUCCAUCACAAAGAAGAUCUGGUGGCCAAGGACGACCUCAUUCGCUCUAUGGAAGACUACAUCGACACUCUGCUUCUCAGGGUCAUGGAGCACACGCCCUGCCUGCUUCGCGUCCCCUACACGCCCUGCUCACCCCGCCGCUAGCCUCCUCACCUCCUUGCCACCUCACCAGUUCACCACCUCACUUCCUCACCACCUCACUACCUCAGCCCUCACCACCUCUCCCCUCACCAUCUCACCCCUGAGCUCCUCGCCAUCUCAUCAUAUAACCAGCUCACUUCCUCACCACAUAACCAACGCACCUCCUUGCCACCUCACCACUAACCACCGCACCGCUUCUCCACUCAACUCCUUGCCACCUUACUUCGUCACCUCACCAGUAGGCUUCAUGCUCACCUCGCCUCCUUACCACCGCACCACACACCUCACCAGCAAGCUCGGUGUUCAUCUCUCCUCCUCACCAUGUCGUGCUGUGAUGCGGAAGUGGGCAGACAUGCGUCGUUCUUCCCUCUGCGGGGGCGAGGGCUUCCUCUUGAACUGCGCCACACGUGGCUCCCUCGGCUCGAGGACAUGGGAGUUACGCCGUGGGCCACCUUGCUUCCCCUAAGCACGCCAGUGGCCUGGUCGCGCUGCAUGCGUGAUGCCAUUUCACGAAAGUUGGGCCUCCCAUUUUCACUUCUGCAUGGGCCCAGCAUCGCAGCACCCCCGUGAGAGUUCGUCGGCACGUGCGGUUGGAGGGACCUUGUCAAAGACGGGUGGCUGAAGGACGCUAACCCGCAGGUGCCGGCUCCAGCUCCUUCUGGGUGGGGCGGGAGGGGAGGCAGUCGAGCUGCUGUGUGGGGGGCCACCGUAACAGUGAGCACUGCUGAGUGGAGUGAACUUGGCUGGGCCAGAGGGGGCAUCUGGUGGUGCAGGAUCCACCCCGAGCGCCACGCCCCGUGUCGCCACUUUUCCCAUCGCUGUGUCAGCUGAGGGCCACGAGGAAUGUGAGGCUCGAAUAAUGUUUUUAAAUACCCCAUUUUUAAAAUUCUAUUCCAAUUAUGUAUUCACGUCACGAGAUACAUGUUCAUUUGGAAAUCAAGCAGAGCAGUGCACCACCCCGUAUCAAAGAAUAUCCCACAGAAGCAGAAAUCACAGGACUACUUCCGAGCUUUGUAUACCCUGCUACAGAUAACUGUUAGGUUGAUUAAAUAUAUAUUUUUUAUUCUUAGAACUGGAAUGUUGGCCAAAUCAACUUAAAACUAAAUUUUACGCAACGCGUUUUUUUGUUUUGCUCCAUUGUUGGCGACCGGGUUGAGACAAUCACCUGACUCCGCUUGAGAACCCGGUUUAAACCCGGUGGUCACCGACCCACCCCCCUGUCACUCUGAGCCGAGACGUUGAGACGGCUCCUCAGGGCACACGGCUGGCUUCGUUGUAGUUUCACGGCAGGGUGAGACGCCAGUCGCACCGUUUAAGGAGACAACAUCUGGUUGAUGACGUGGCCCAGCGGUAGCACGCUCGCCGCUCAUUGCAGAGGUUUGCGGGAGGCCACCCUGGUUAUUACUGCGGUGUGGAUUAAACACAAAAAUACUAUGGGACGCCUGCUUCAUAGCGAAGCGAACGUUACAGACGUCAUUCGGAAAGAGAAACGAGUUCGCCAUCGUGUGCCACUUGAAAAAGUACACCACUGAACAUUCAAUUCCGUUGUUGCUCUGGAGGCCUGGAGAUCGCUGAUUGAUGUUCGGCCGCCGUAUUAAUGGCGUUCGUUGUAAUUUCUCACUUAAUAGAGGGGGCUGCAUGAAGGCUGCCAUCUUUCACUCCAAUACUCAAUUGGGAUUGCACGAAACACCAUCGCCCCUUACUGUGAAACUACUGCGGGGUGUGUCUAGGAAACGCAGCGCGUUCCUGGUCAUAAAUGUCUAAAUUAUACGUUUGAAUAGUAAAUACUUAAUCGUUAUUAACAUUAAGUAAAGGUUAUGAAGAGGUAUGUGGAUAAUACCUUAGUUAUCCUGUUAAUUACUAUACAGUAAACAAGUUUAGUACUGUAUGGUCACAUUUUGUACGGAUGUGUGUGUGUACGCACAUAGUAUGUCAUGUGUGUGCAUGUGCGUAUGAGUGUGCAUUUUAAUAUUCUGCUGUCCCUCGCAAUUGUCACCUUCAUCCCCCAUCUUUAAACUAAACAUCUCGGAUCCCAUUCCAGAAGACCCUUUUUGCCAGUAUUAAAAUGAUGAAAAAAAGAAUGGGCUUUACCCUUCCUGGAAAGCAUAGAGGUGUUAAGAUGACCAAACACCAAAUAGACACCUAUUGCAAGGCAUCAAAUCUGCAAUAACCACACAUGCGUAUGGUAAACAUGCAAACAAACAUUCUUUGAUAAUGUAUGCAUAGUAUUUGAAACUGAUUGGCCUACAUAAGAGACAGUCUCCUUCAUGGCUUUGUCUUACCAGUGUUAGACCAAAGAACGCCAAAAGGUGAACAGACAAGAACAAUGCAAAUACCAAAGCAUUAAUAGCACGGGUCGAGCAGUUUAAUAUAUGGGACCAUUUUUGUCGGUAUCAAGAUGACGAAAAAAAGAAUAGGUUUUACCAUUUCUGGCAAGAAUAUAGGAAGUGUUAAGAUGUUCAAACCCCAAACAGACACCUGUUUUCACAAGGCAUCAAGGUAAUGGAGACCCUCUUCGGAUCCCAAUCACCUUGCAAACGUCCGCUGUCUGUCACACGGUGGAUGUAUCCCUGAGUCAUGAUGUUUUCAACUGCUCUCCAGGGUUUCUCCUCUGGCUGUUGCACGGAGAUGGUUAUACUGUGCAUGGCCCAUGACCUCUUGCUCUCCUCCAACCAUAGCACUUUCUCCUUGCUUUUGUUAUCUCUCACUGUGGCUUGCAGCACUUUGGAACGCUCUGUCUACCCUUCACGUCGUUCAUUUCCUCUUAUUGUUCGUUGUCUCUGUACGAGACCUGUUGUCCUCUCCUGUUCUCUUCCGCUCUGGUGUUCAGUAGAAGCUUAACAUUCGCCUCUGCUCAUGUUCAUCUUCUAUUCAGGAAAAGGCUUCACUGAGUGUGGUGGGCCACAGGAUUGCCCCUUGCGCUACCCUGGAGAAUUACACUGCCGUGUGGUCACUACCACGACUAGGGCUGUCCAUUGCUGACCUUUUCUAAACGUUGGGGGAAAACACGUUAACCUUUUAAACAAGGGUUGAUCUUUUGCCUCACUAUCAUGGUAAAUAAUGCCUCAUUUGCACAUUGCAAUACCUUGGUGAUACACAGGGUCGUGAUGAUGAAAGUGAUGAUCUGGAUGGUUUUCGUGGUUGGUUGGAGUCAAGCUCUGCGAAGUUUAUUCAUGCACUUUACUUGAGUAGCAAGGCCAAUAACAAUAAGAAUGGGGUUUUAACGAAGAAAGCCUCACUGAGUCUCGAGGAUAUUUUUAGGAGGGGACUGCUUUGAGAUGCCUGGCCCAUACCAAUAAUAAGUGGCAUGUAGGAGGAACUGGAGUACCUGGAGAAGACCCACUCGUAAGUGAUAAGAACACUGAAAGCUCUGCAAAUAUGGAUUACAGAAUGCGUUGGUAUACUGUCAGCUUCUGGCCGCAUCACAACCCAAGCUUGCACCAGCUGAUAUCCCAGACAGUCUCAUUCGAGUUCAAACCAGGCUCACAUUGUGUUGCUCCGAAAAACGCCUUGCGUAUCGCCGUGAAGCGCAGAGCUGCAGCAUGCACAUCCACCGCCAUGGUUCUUCACCCACGUGUUUGUUGAAUGGUAAAUAUUUACAAAUGUGAUCAGAAAUAUAUUUUGCACAGUGAGUGUGUUUUUAAAAAAAGAAUAACUACAAACGUAAGUGAUGGGAAUUAUUUUUCAUUUAUAAAAGUGCUGUAAAUGUGUUAAAAAAUGCGUCUGUAGGCAAUCGAAUUCUAAUUCUGAUAGGGCAGGUGAAUCAUUACUUGAAGGUCUGAAUCUUGUUUUGCUGUGUGCUACGGGCUUUUUGUGGAGAGUUCACAAUCAGGCUUUUUGAGUUCCAUUUCAAUCUUCCACUCAAAGCGUUUGCAUUCAUACAAAGCGUCUGUAUAUCGCUGUAGGGAAACGCCACUCUUCCAUCUAUUAUCCGCUUUCCCUUUUAUCCAAUGGUCCGCGUGGUGGUGGUGUCGAGGCGUUUCUCUGCAGUUCAAAUGAGAUGUUGUGUGUACUUGAUUUACUAUGAUUUUACAACGCCUGUGCUGAUGUUUGGACACCUUACUUAAGUGUGGGUUUUGUAUUAAUUAAAGCUUCAGGAGACCGCUGCUUUCA